CCCAAUUGUGCCGUUUCAUCAUCUUCUUAGUUAUGUCUCUCAUACUCACAAGAUAAAAAUUGUUUCUUUUGAAUCCAAAUUUUUUGGGUUUAAGGGAAUUAGACAGUGAGAAUAAAUAAUGGGAUCAUUGAACAGUGAAGAGGAGGUGGAACAGAUGGGAGAUGAGUCAAAUGAGUCCACAUCUUAUGUGCCCCAUCUUGAAGGGGACUGGAGUGUAGUCGUGACUCCAUCUACAGAUUAUACGCCCCAUGUCAUCACUGCCGAACCUGGUGAGGAUCUUACAUUCAAGAUUAUAUCAGUAGCUGAACAAGGGCCAAGAGCCAUUUGGAUUAUAUCUGCAAACGGAGCAGUUUCCAAUGUUAGACUGCGUCGACCUGAUACUGAUGAGGGCAGUAUAACACUUGAGGGUGUAUUUGAGAUAGCUCAUUUAUCUGGAUCGUUUAUGUUCUAUGACAAUCGAGGAACAAUGAGCGGCGGCUUGAGUGUCUCUCUGUCAGGUCCUAAUGGUUCUUGUAUAGGUGGAGCUGUUUGUGGAUCCUUGAUUGCUGCCGGUCAUGUCCAGGUUGUUGUUGGCAGUUUCGCACCUGGCAAGCCAGAUGUGUUACCAAAGGAGGUGACGAACCAAAACUCGGGUGAGCCACAACCAAACCUUGGAUCUUCGCCUCCUGGCCAAAGUGAAAACCGGGCACCUGCUUCCUAGGAUAGUUAACUAGUUUGAUUUUCCUCCUGUUGCUGUUGUAAGCAAAGGGAUUUGUUAUAGGAAUAAUUGGAACCAAUAUGCCUAUUUAUGACUGGGUUUGUGAUGGUUUUUCCUCAACUUUUAUCUAGUCUAGAUUUUUAAGGUCUUUUGGUAAAUACCGUUUUACAAUCUAAUUAAUAUUGCAGUUUUAUU